AUGGCCUCUCGGCGGAUCACACGGGAGACGUUUGAUGCUGUAGUGCAGGACAAAGUUAAAAGGUAUCGCAUGGACCGGGGUGAUGCCAUAGAAGAUACAAUCCAUCAUUUUAAAGCUCGCUCGAGGCCAGUCCCAAGACCAAGAUACGACAACAGUUUUCGUGAUGAUGGAAGAUACGCUCACGACAACGCUCAGCACCAUCCACACGACGACUGGAGUGAAGACCCUGGGGAUGACUAUCCAGGACCUUCCUAUAGGACUGCCAAUCCUCUCGUAAGGAAAGACAACUAUUACCAUGAACAGUUUGGCCGCCCGGCAUCCCGUGACCGGGAAUUUGGCCACCCGGCGUCCUGUGACCGGGAAUUUGGCCACCCGGCUUCACACAAUCGGGAAUACCGGCGUCCAGCUGCACACAAGCGGGAGUUUGGGCGCCCAGCAUCUCGUGACCGGGAGUACAGGCGCCCGGCUUCCCAUGACCGGGAAUAUGGGCACCUGGCUUCCCAUGACCAGGAGUUUGUGGGCUUGGCUUCUCAUGACCAGGACUAUGGCCCUCCUGACUCUUGGGAAUCCUCUGGGCCACAUGAAACUGAUUUUAGUUCUUCGGAUAUUUUAGGUGAUUUUAGAUCACCAGGACUCAUGGAAGAUGAAUAUGGCAACAUGGAAAAUCAGGAGUAUGAUGUAGACUUUGGAAUUCAACCUGAUGGCGAGUUCCGACCCCCGAUUCGCAGGGGCAGCAGUGGCAGGGGAAGAGCUCCGCGAGGAAAGCGCAUUGCAAGGGGUGGUGUUAAAACUAAAGUAUUCAAAGGAGAGAUCAAAGCUCCCCUCAAGAAGUGGAACACUAAAAAGCUGCAGCCAGGCCUCGAUCAGGCGCCACCUGAGCAACCUGAGCAACUGCCAGAAGCUGCUGAGCGACCCGGCCAGAGGCCAGGUCCCGUCCAGCACCCCAACCAAAAGUUGCCUCCACAACCUAAUCAGAGGCCAGCUAUAACAACCCAGAGACCUAUUCUCAGGCUCCCAAAGCCUGCGCAUGUUUUCCGAAAUCUCAAUUUUGACCUUGUGGACAAAUCAGAUAUUUUUUCAACGUUUGGAAUAGAAAUUAUCAAGUGGGCUGGGUUUCAUGCGAUAAAAACUGAUGCAGAGUUUUCCCGGCUCUUCGGAGCUCUCUUUGAGCUGGAGACAGAAACGUGUGCAAAAAUGCUUGCCUCCUUUAAGUGCUCCUUGAAGCCAGAACACAGAGAUUAUUGUUUCUUUACUAUCAAGAGUUUACAACAUGCUGCUCUCAAAACUCCCAAAGUGGACAAUGAGUUUUUAAACAUGCUGUUGGACAAAGGUGCUGUGAAAACAAAGAACUGCUUCUUUGAGAUUAUCAAGCCUUUUGAUAAAUACAUAAUGAGGCUCCAGGACCGCCUCCUGAAAGGUGUCACUCCACUGCUGAUGGCCUGCAAUGCCUAUGAGCUGAGCAUCAAGACGAGUGGGUUUGGGAAUCCCAGAGAAAUGGCAAGUGCUUUUGAGACCACUGUUUCUCUCUGUCGUAAGUCUUUAGCGCUUCUGGGGCAGACCUUCGCCUUAGCAUCUGUUUUCAGGCAAGAGAAAAUACUUGAGGCUGUAGGGCUCCAGGAAAUGGCUCCAGCACCAACGUUGUUCCCAAACUUUGAUGAUUCAACAUUGUUUGGAAGGGAGUACAUUGAAAACUUGAAGGCUUGGUUGGAAAAGAGUGGAUAUCCCAUUCAGAUGAAAAAAACUGAGCAGGAGUCCACAGAACCGCUUAAAAAACCCUCUCCUGACCCAAAAGGUAACAGGGGGUAAACUGUUGUAAGAUACUUGGCAGGAGUCCCACAGCGAGCUGAUCGGAAGGUUGUAGAGACGAUUGAAGAGCUGGUGAGCAGCAUCGUGUCAGGAACCUUGUCUGCCAAAGAGAGGACUGCUCAGAAGAACUGCCCUGAGUAUUGGUUCUUGUCUGAUGAAGAUAGUCUGGAAUACAAGUACUACAGACUCAAGUUAUCAGAGAUGCAAAGGCGGACGUCACCUGGCACGGAAGCGGGUGCGGAGGGCAGAACACUAGAAGGCUCUGCAGCAGAAGCCGUGCGGGCCAUGCUCUACGCCAGGAAGGUGGCAAGUAUUAAGAGAAGGCUGUUCAAAAGAAAAAGGCUUGGGAUCAGCACACACCGCAGGGCUCGAGGAAGGAAGGGCAGGAGAGCAUCCACAGGGACACAGACUGUGCUUUCAGCUGGGACAGUGCUGAAGCACCAGGACAAGCAUCUUCAAGGUUCAGUCCAGUCAAAGCCGCCUGCCUCAGAACCCAGCCUGUGUGAGAAGAGCUCUUCCCUGGAUGCCACCUCACCCUCCCAGUGUGCAGCCGCUUCAGAGGUGUCUCUGCCAGCAGAAGAAAGGGCAGAUUCUGAGGGUUUCUCAGCACCACCUGACCUCCUCCCGCCAUUGCCCUCUCAGUUUCCUGAUGUGGAUGCUAAAACAAUGGAAACUGCUGAGAAACUCGCCAAGUUUGUUGCUCAGGUAGGACCAGAGAUUGAGCAGUUCAGCAUCGACAACAGCACGGACAACCCAGACCUUUGGUUUCUACAGGAUCGAAACAGUUCUGCCUUCAAAUUCUAUCGAAUGAAAGUCUAUGAGUUGUGUCCAUCCAUUAACUUCAGUGCUGUGUCAGAAGCAACUGAUGCUGGGGAGAGUGCUAAGCCUGAAGAGAGAAAUCUGGAUAUUUCGGAAGAGGAAGAGGAUGAAGAAGAAGAAGAGGAAGAAGAUAAUGAGGAGGAAGCUGAGUUUGAGGAGGAGGCGUCCGCUCCUGCUCCGGGAACCCCAUUUCCUCGCAAACGAAUCAGCAGCAAGUCUCUGAAAGUGGGUAUGAUUCCUGCAUCCAAAAGGAUUUGCCUCAUAGAAGAACCAAAAGUGCAUGAACCUGUCAGAAUUGCUUAUGAUAGGCCUCGUGGUUGCCCAGUUACAAAGAAAAAGAAGAAACCAAAAGAUUUGGAGUUUUCACACAAGAAGCUGACAAACAGGAAUGUGGGUUUCCAGAUGCUUCAGAAGAUGGGCUGGCAGGAGGGACAUGGCCUUGGUACACGAGGAAAAGGAAUCCGAGAGCCUGUAAAAGUGGGUGCUACCUCUGCAGGGGAGGGCUUGGGUGUUGCAGGGGAAGAAAAUAAAGAAGAUGCAUUUGAUGUUUUCCGUCAAAGAAUGAUACAAAUGUACAGGCAGAAAAGAGCCAGUAAAUAG